GGGUGCCUCAUGCGGGAUCAACCGCUUUCACUUCUCAAUAUCACACAAGCAGAUCUGUCUCAGCAUGAAUUUGCAUUUCUUUCUGCCUGUCAAAUCGCAGUCGGUGACUCGACUGCUCCCGACGAAGUGGUACACCUGGCGGCUGGCGUACAAUUCGCUGGGGUGAAGAGCAUUAUUGGGACAUUAUGGAAAGUCGACGAUAGUACUGUGCAGCGCUUAUUCGAGGCACUCUACAAAUCUUUUGUGGGGAUGGGACAAUGA